UGCUGCGCUCUCGGGGGGGUCAAGUUCAGCUCUCGCGCGCGCGAGACGAGGGUUGGCCCACAGCCCACAGGCAGAAGGGGGAAUCCCUCGCGCUCGUGACGCCGCGCAGCUGGCCCUAUAAGCACGCAGGCCCGCUGCGCCCCGCGCCGGAGUUUUCCCAUCGUCACAAAUGUGUGUGGCUCAUCGUGACCCACAGUCGUCGUCACACAGCUGGUCCGCGCGUCCUGCUCUCGGAAUUUGAGUCUUGUGUUCGACCAUCAACCCUCGACACCAUCUUCUGCUCAUCUUCAUCUCUCCUCCCCUAAAAAAAAAACCAAACCGUUGGCUUCGUCGUCUGCUGCUUCGUGGCUGACAGUCGGAGGCGGGGAUCGAUCUGCCAAGGCCGGAAGGUACAGAAAGUGAGUGAGGGAGAGAGUGAGAUCAGAUGAGAGGAUGACGCCAGGAGAGCUGAUAAACUCGCCGCACUGACUUGCUGCACUCUACGCUGCGGCACACGCAACGCUUUCGCCUGCGUGGCAACGGCAACAAGAAAUUUGUCAAGUGCGGGGCUGAGAGUGUGUUGGAGUGAGAGACAGAGAGGAACUCUUCUUUGCGACUUUGAGUAACUUUUCUUUUCCUUCCUUCCUCGAGCCCCAAGUCGGCGCCGACGCAGGAAGACAGCGAGACGUCGAUGCAUCGGCGCCCAGUGUGUCUGCAGCAGCAACAGCAACAGCAGUCUGCGAGACGGCGUGCUGCUGCUGUCAUGUAGGUGACACGUGCAGGUCUGUGACGAGGCUGUGAGACCCUGUGAGACCCUGUCAUGCAUCAGGCAGCAGCGGCAGCGAAGUCGGUCAGUGGCUGUUAUUAGGAGAGAGAGAGACAGACGCACACACAUCACAGACAGCGAUGUGCGGCUCCCGUGCACCAGAGCCGCGCGGCAGACGUGAGACGUACGGUGGCUGCUGAGCACCGGGGUGCUUGCUACCCCCCAUCUUCCUCCGGUACCGCAGUGCAUCGCUCUGCCGUCAGUCAAUACACGGAGAGGUCAGUACUGGAUGCCAGUCUGCUGUCCACCGUCGAUAACUGCUGCUGUUGCUGCUGCACCCACGACUUGACCGUCACCACGACUCGACAUCUUGCCAAGCCCCUCCCCGACCCCUGAGACCCCCUCGACCCCCUGUGUGAGCUAUUUGUGGCUCCGUUAAACCCCUCACCCACCGAGGAAUCAAAGCGGUCGUCAACGAGGGAUCUUCAAAGGUAAUCUCAUCGAAACUUGAUCAGAGGGGUGUUGUCACCUGUAGGGAUACAGCCACCCGAGUACUAACAGCUCGGGUACCUCUUCUUCUGUACUGGACUACUACGUCGUUCAUCGUUCGUGACAGUGCGGGAGCCGGACACUUCCACGGCAGAACGUGGCCACGUCGCUUUCGGGCAACACCACCAUCACCACCACGACGACAACAACGACAACAACGACGACGACCGACGCCAGAAGCGUGCGAGGGCUGGAUGAUGAUGACGAUGGUGCUGGGCGCUGGCGGCUGCGAUUACGACGUCCGCUGCGUGGUGGUUGGCGAUGAUGCUGUUGGCAAGACCAGCAUGCUGAUGGGGUACGCCACCAACCGCUACCCCACCCAGCACGUGCCCUCCGUCUUCGACAACUACGCAGGCACUGUGCGGGUGGCCGGUCGCGAGCUUCACCUACAGAUCAUCGACACGCUAGAGGAGGAAGAGAGUCCCUCUGUUCGGCUGAGCGAGUAUCCAGGAACAGACAUUUUUGUCGUCUGCUUCUCCGUGGUGCGGCCGGAGUCGCUGCAGAACGUGGAGGACGUGUGGCUUCCGGAAAUCCGAGCGCAUGCGCCCCACACGCCAUUCAUCUUGGUCGGAACCCAGGCGGACCUGCGAGAGGUGGACGAGAUCCUCGUCAUGCUGCGCGAGAAGGGUCAGCAGCCAGUCUCAGCAGCCCAGGGGUCCGGGGUGGCUCGGAGACUGGGGGCGGCCUGCUACAUCGAGUGCUCGCCGGGUGUGGAGAAAAAGCUCCGCAAGAUCAUCAACUCUGCCAUCGCAUCGGUACUGAAAGUGAAGGAUCCUUCUUCUAGCAAUGGCCACAAACCCUGCACCAUACUGUGAAUGGUCGGAAUGAAGGAAAGAAGAGAAGAAAAAAAAAAAGACUUGAUGACUUCAUUCUGAGGAUUCGAACUCGAGUUACUCCAAUCCACUUGCCGUCUUCGACACUGUGAAUCAUACUCAUCUGGGGUAAUAUUAAGUUCUCUUCCCCAAGCCAAAGCUUCCCAUGAGUCAUUAAAAGAGAAAGCAUUAUCAAAAGACAACUGCCAAAUCAACGUUGGACGUUACAUCCUUCACCAGGCGCCAUAACACACUAACCCAAUGAGCAGAGAAAGUUCAAGCAAAAGGUCAUCAGCACAAGCCUCAGGCACGACACUGAAAACAACAGAACACGCAAAACUUCGUGUAUACAGGGAAAUGUCCAUCGCCAUGUACUUAGUUUACAAAUGAUCAUUGAAGCAACAACAGUUGAAAGGUCAUCAGAUGACAGUGUGCUGCACGUUAGUUUACAUCCUGCAAUCAAAAUGUCAUAAAAUAACUUUUUAAACGAUAUCAAAACUGCACAUUGCCUCGAUAAUCUUCCGACAUGCAUGAAUUGUUGUUCGUCGAGAUGACUGUAAGACUCCUAACCAACCCUCCCCAUUCCUCCCGCGCUCCCAUACCCCGGGUAUCUGAAAAUAACCUUAUUUUAGUAAAUCGCUUUCAAUCUAACAACCAGGCUGUGAACUCCUCCCUCUCCCAAACUUCUCUGGCACUCGCCAUCACACAUACAGCUACUUGGGCUUUCAAUGACAGACAGACGACAGACAGACAGACAGACAGAACUGGGAGGCAGCACGGCUGAUCCAACGGCCAUGAAUGACGUCACUUCCAGAUCAUCUGGUUUUCAGCUGGACGAGCUGUGACGAGGAGAAUCGGACGAGGAGAGGUGACGAGAAGGAAACAACCUGCUCAUACCCUGCCCAUAGCUUUGUGUGUGUCGGAGCUUAGUUCCCUUGUCUACUUACCACGAGGGUAACGAAGCUGAGUGGUAAAACUAACAACUGACUGCUUACAGUGCUGCGUCCCUUGGACUGCAGAUCCUUUCCUGCAACGCAAUAAAAUUCAGAAUAAAAAAACAAACAAACAACGGUGGGAGGGAAAAUGACCAGAAACAUCGCCGGAGACAAAUAUUUUCCCAAAGUGUCUCGCGGGUUUUGGCGACAUCUUGUCCACGCUGUAGACAUGAUGAGUCAGCACACCCGAAAUGAUUCCACCCAAGCUAUUUUGUCUUUCACCAGGUCUCGUCGACGGACUUCUGUGAAUUAUUUUUUUCUUGUCUACAGGAAGUGACGUGUGUGCACAGUGGAGUAUCCUCGAAAGGGAGCUGGUCUUUCUGAGAGCGAGAGUUAACCAAUCAAAGCGAGAGUUUCAGAUAUUUUUUUGAGCUUGACUUUUUGAGAGAAAAAAAAAGUUUCCGACAAAAGGAAAGGAUUGCUGCGCGACAUUGUGCUUGCUAACUUAAACGCUACAGAUGUAAACAAUAUGUUUGUAAUCGCUAGUGUUUGUUGACUUAAACAUGGAACAUAAAACUGUCGAAACGCACAUAAUAUUUUCUUGUUUCCCCAUGUAAUGUGAUGUAAGUGCUAAUAUUAGAAACGAUGUUUUGUGAGAUGACAUCUGAGAUGACCCUAAAGAUUAUUUUCCUGCCAGUUGCAGUCAGUGUCGUCCUGUGUUAGUCGAUGGUUUCCGGUACCAUUUCCUUAGACCCUUGAAACCCACUUUGCUGUCGAUACUAGGUGGGAGAGGUUACAGCAACAGGGUUUGAAAUUGUGAGCAGAACAUCUCAACCUGUUCAUUGAGUGGUUCACGUGUGACUGUGUGUGUGUGUCUGUCUUCUUGUCUGUCUGCAAGUAUGCAUGUUUGCAUGUGCAUGUGAUCGGGUGAGCACUCGCAUGUGUGUGUGUAUGAGAGAGAGAUGGGACCGAGAGUUAGGACAUGCGGACACGCAGACAGAAAAGGGAUGGAUAGAAAGACAAAUCUCUACGAUGCAGAAAGUAUAAAGACAUGUCUGUGUUAGUAGUCGUGAAAGUAAUAGUUUGUUUGACUAGCAGCAUUGCGACUGAAGACUGUUUUGUCUAGUUCUAAUAGCUGUGAAGUUCAUGAUACUCUACUAGCAGCAAUUUGUCUCCCGAAGACUCAAUUUGUCUACGUGUCAAGAAAAAUACCUGCUUGUGAAGCCGUUGGCCGAUGCUUGCCGCUACAGGUGUUUAGUGUUACUCGAUGUUUGGAUGUAACACCCUCUCCCCCUCCAAACCUUUCCCUUAAGCUGACACCACACGGUGUGACUAAGCUAAAUGAAACAGGAAGCCAAGACCUGGUCCAGCCAUCUGGAAAGAAAGAAUCAACAAUCAAGUAAACAAUCGUGUGCACAGACACAGAUUUGUCCAACAGUCACGACGAGAAGCUAACAUUUGAAUGAACACUUGGAUGAACAGUCGUCGUGGCCACUCCUUUCACUUGCCUGGGUCAACCUGUGUGGGGGUCAACCGUGCUGUCCUCGUAGCUGCGCAAGUGCCUUGUUUCACCCGUCAUAUCACACCCGCAUAUCGUCCGACGUGCGACUACGGCCACCCCUACCCCAGCGAUGACUGCAGCGGCAACCUUCAACUGAGACCAUCUCGAAAAGCAGUGAACCUUUGUAGUGUAACGAGCGGAAAGUCUGAAAGUCGUGGGAGCCACUCAUGCGGAUCCCCCACCUAGAGUUUUGUAAGUCUGCGGGUACCUCCGCCACCCGCCGCGCCCACUGCCGCUGCCGCCACCGCGCGCCGCGUCGCUGUAUAGGAUCGUGGUCAUGGAUGUGGUUUUCGUUCCAAGGGUUGUCCUGACUGUAGCGAGCCCUUCAUUCCUAAGCGCCGUGCUCAAUUUUCUACAUUAUUUAUGUAGUUUUCGCUUUUGACUACUACACUUGUUGGCUUUGUCACCGAGGAUGCUGUCCGAUGUUUGAAUAGACGACUAGAAACUACACAGUAUUCUUGACAAAAAAAUAAUAAAUAAAAAUAAAAAAAAAUCUCGUGGUCCUGAGCAGAGCCAGAUGACUAGUACAAAAUGAAGCUGGACUUUAUUUACUUCAGUCAAGUAUUUGCUUUGGUCUUUGAUCUUGUGUAUUGGCUACGCUGGCUAUACAUGUGCUUAGUAAUAAACUGGACAUAAACUA